UGCCAUCACACCCACUGCCGCUCCUCGCUCUCCCCUCCCCUCUCUGCCACUGCAGGCGCCUGCCGCUCUUCCGACCGAGCACUGCGCCGCGUCGGGGCCCGUGAUGCUGGUCGUGCACCUGCCGCCCUCGGGCGCCCUGCCGCAGCCGGCAGAGCCAGCGCCAGCCAGUGCCAGCACGCUCUCGCCGCCCCCGUCGACUCGCCGCAGCACACGCUCGCGCUCGAGCACGGCCUCGUCACUGGCCACGCCGCCGCCGCCGCCCGCGCAGAGCGAUGCCCGUGCCGCCUCGGGCUCGGCGCGGCCCGCCAAAGGCGCCGAGCCGCUCUCCGCGCAAGUCAGCGACUAUCCGGUGCCGAGCCGCGCCGAGGCUGGCGUGCCUUCCUUCGGGCGCUCGUCAAAGGAUGUCGAGCGUGAUGUGGCUCGCGUGUGGGAGGCUCUUGCUAGCGCUCGCCGUGUCGUGGUGAUCUGCGGCGCUGGCAUCAGCGUCUCUGAGCCGGCCAACAUCCCCGACUUUCGCAGCGCAACUGGCCUGUUCCGCAAACUCAAGGAGAAGCACCCGACCGCCGGCCUCAGCUCCGGCAAGGACCUGUUCGAUGCCCGUCUGUUUGGCUCUGAGUCGACCUCGUCGCUCUUCUACUCGAUGAUCUCUGAGCUCAAGACCCUGGCCGACGCCGCCCAGCCGACGGUCUUCCACCGUCUGCUGAAGCGCCUCGACGACGAGGGCCGCCUGCUGCGCGUCUACACGCAGAAUAUCGACAACCUCGAGGAGCGCGCCGGCCUCUCUUUCGGCCUUGGCGAGACGGGCGACAGCACGACGACGGCCCGAGCACUUGGCAAGCGCAAGCGCGACGAGAAGGCACGCGCCGCCGCCACGAGCGGCAAGCAGGACCUCGGCAAGGGCGCGCCCGUCGGCGUCCGCGCGCAGUGGGGCCGCAGCGUCAGCGACAGCGCCCUGCUGAAGAGCCAUCAGGAGCGCUUCGAGAGCCUGACGCCGGAGCCGAGCUCGACGACGCCCAUGUUUCCGCGCACGAUUCCGCUGCACGGCAGCCUCUCGGCGCUCACCUGCAGCGUCUGCACGUACAAACUCUACCUGUCUCCGCCGACGCUCGAAUCUGCGCCCGACAGCGUCGCCGGCUCGAGCACGCGGCGGCAGUCGCCAGGCGCGCCCGAGCGCGAGGCCGAUCGCGUGCAGGCGCUGGCAAUGCUCGCGGCCGGCGAGCCGGUGCCCUGCUCCAAGUGUGCAGACUACGAGGAGGUGCGCGCAGUGGCCGGCCUGCGCAGCCGCGGCGUCGGCAUCAUGAAGGUCGGCGUCGUGCUGUACGGCGGGCAGAACGAGGGCGCAGAGCAGGUGGGCGAGUGUCUGCAGCGCGACAUCUUGGGUCUGCGCGACCCCAACGAGCCGGCGGUGCCCGAGACUGCGGCCGAACGCAAGGCCCGCGAGCGCAAGGCGAAGAAGGAGGCCGACAAGGUGGCCAGCAGCAUCGAGCCUGUCAAGUCUCUGCCAUUUACGCCUGGCGGCCUGCAGCCCAUCGUCGAGAUCGGCGGCGACGAGGCCUUCGCCGCGGCGUUCAACGAUCCCGACGAUGCAGCCGCCGAGGCUGAGCUGCUGCUGCCCUCGUCGUCGCUCGCGGCGAAGCCGGCGCAGGUCCGCGCUGCUCGCGUGCCUCGCCUCAAGCCGCUGCCGCCGGAUCUGCUGAUCGUGGCGGGCACGAGCCUCAAGGUGCCCGGCACCAAGCGCAUCGUCCGCGAGUUCGCCAAGGCAUGCCGUGCCCGCGACCAUCGCGUGUACAGCGACGAAAGCGAUGACGAGGAGGACGCCGACGGUUCCCGCAUCAGUCCUCGUCCGCGCAGGGGUGCCGCCGGCCGUCGCAGUACGCGAUCCCGCAGUGCAGGUGCCGACUCGGCGGAGUCGGGUUCCGGCGACGAGCCAGACGAGAGCGACGAGGAUGAGGACAUUAACGCGCCGAUCCGCAGCAUCCUCCUCAACUACGACUUUCCGGGGCCGUCGCGCGAGUGGGAAGACGUCUUCGACGUGUGGGUGCAGGGCGACGUGCAGCGUGCUGCACUUGGUCUCUGGGAGGCCAGCGCGUACCCGGUGACGGAGACGCACGUGCGGAGCAUGGCGCCUGGCACCGCCGGCGCCAGCCUGGAGCAGUACAGCUGGGCGAGCUCGAUGGCGUAUCUCGAGUCGGAGCGCAUCCGGGAGAAGCGCGAGGCCCGCAGCGCGGCCAGGCGCGCAAACUCGCCCGGUGCGAGCUCUGCCACCUCUUCGGCCGCCCGGCGCGGCAAGGCGGCAGUCGCCAAAGACACAGCACUGCCCAACAGCAAGGCCAGGCGCACCAAGCUCGAGCAGAGCCCGUCGACCGCGACUCAGUCGCCGUCUGCAUCGCCCUCGCCCACCAAGAAGCCUCGUGCGUCGGGCCCGGCCAAGAAGCGCGCCGCGGGCAAGGCCGCCACCGACAGCGAGGCCGCGCCGUCCCUCAAGAGCGGGCGGAAGGCAUCUGCCGUCGAGGGCGAGGCGCAGUCCAAGCCGACGUCGCGCGCCUUCUCGCGCUCCAAGAGCAGCAGCCACGCCGAGACUGCCGCUCAGCCCGCCGCAGCGCGCCGGCGUCUGGCGGCGGUGCGACGCAACAGCGUCAGCAAUGCGCCGUCGGUCGUGCUCGACAAUGGACUCGCCCGCGCAUAUGCGGGCACCAAGGGCGGUGCCGGCUCGACGGGCGAGCGCGCGCGCCGCAUCAUCAAGUUGGAGUAGAGACCUUGCGCUGCCGCUCCGCUAGGAUGCAUGCCGCCGUCCUCUCUUGUGCAGAAGGGCUGCCACCGCAGCGCCAGCCAGCGCAGCUCUUCCCGGCACCAGUCACUUCCUCGUUGCCCCUUGCACCGCAUCGCCUGUCCCUGCCUGUGACUCGCUCGUCGUUCCUCAUCAUUGUACUCUAGCCAUGUUCCCGUGUACCCCAAUCCAUCCAUAUCCGCGC